CGACUGAAUAUCGUCAGAGUUGCUGUCAUACUAUGUUAUUUAGCCAUGGUUUGACAGAGUCUUAAAAGUUAAAAUGUUGAAUUUGUUAUCAGUGUUAACGUUGCCGUACCGUUCUUAUCAAUGUGAUUGCACGUGUUGUUUUAAGCAAUUACGUCGUGUUACCUGAUUUUACAUAAUCUAUUUAAUAUGAAUUGUGACGAGUUUGGCGAUGGUCUAGAAAAUGAUUGUGUCAUAAAUCGCGAAAAAGAUCCUGUAAAUUCAAAAAUAUUUGGUGUUAAUAGAAGAUCAAAUUUUUCAAGAAAAGAGAAAGGAAAUGAUGCCAGAUUAAAUGGAAAAAAUUCAAAUUAUCAAAAGAAAAAUAACAAUGACAGAAAAAAUGGAUACAUGACUUCAAUGUUCAGAAAUAACCCAGAAGUACAAUUACCUGUGGCCAUACUCAAUAAACAAGUUGACAUUCAAGCUAGUAACAAAAAUAGGAAUUCAUUGUUUUCCACUUCAACAUAUAAAGAUUUAACCGAUCUACAUGCACAUAUGGUUGCAAAUUUGGAACAAACUCUAGGAGUGACAAAAUUGACAACAGUUCAAAGUCAAACAAUUCCAGUUUUACAAUCUGGUAAAGAUGCAAUGGUUCAAUCUGAGACGGGUAGUGGUAAAACAUUUGCGUACGCUGUUCCGCUUAUUGAGUCGUUACAUAAGAUUCGACCAAAACUAUCUCGAACUGAUGGCCUUAGGGCACUAAUUAUUUUGCCAACCAGAGAAUUAGCAUUACAGACCUAUGAAAAUUUUAUCAAGUUAUUAAAACCUUACACAUGGCUUGUACCUGGUAUGUUUACGGGUGGUGAAAAAAGGAAAUCUGAGAAGGCACGUAUGAGAAAAGGCAUCACAAUACUUAUAGGAACACCAGGACGACUAUUGGACCAUGCACAGAAUACCAAGUCAAUAUCUUUUAAAUCACUUCAAUGGUUGAUAAUUGAUGAAGCUGAUAGAAUGCUGGAUCUUGGAUAUGAAAAAGAUAUUACAAGUAUUUUAUCUGUCGUUGAUGAACAUCGUGAUGAGUCUGUGCCUCGACAAACAGCCUUAUUAUCAGCAACUUUGUCUGAAGGAGUCCAGCGGCUUGCAGGAUUGUCAUUGAAAGAUCCUGUUUACAUUGAUGCAUCUUCAAUAGGGAGUACAGAUUCAGAAUGCAUGGCAAUACCAGACAGUCUUUUACAAUAUUAUGUUUUAGCUCCUCCUAAAUUAAGACUAGUGACACUUUCCGGCGUUUUGUUACAAAAAUUACAAAAAGGUCAAAUUUCAAGCAAAACAUUAGUUUUUAUGGCCACUCAAGAUAUGGUUGACUUUUAUACAGAAUUAUUAACCACUGUAUUAACUUGCUUAACCAUGUUCAAACUCCAUGGUAAUAUGACUCAAGUAGAACGUAUGGAAGUAUUUAAAUCGUUUAAGGCUGCAAAUCAUGGAGUUUUAUUUUGCACUGAUGUAGCAUCAAGAGGUCUAGAUUUACCGUUAGUAGAUCGAAUAAUACAGUACAAUGCUCCAAUAACACCCACAGAUUAUGUUCAUAGAGUUGGUCGAACUGCUAGAGUUGGGCAGAAGGGAGAAGCUACAUUAUUUUUGACACCACAUGAAGCUAUGUUUAUAGCUAAACUUCAAGAUCAUUCUAUUGUAGCCUCUGAAUUAAAAAUGGAUAAAUGUUUGACAUCAAUUCUUACAAUGGAAUUUGAAGGUGAACAUGUUAAAACAGCUGAAAUGGCGGCCAAUGUAUUACAAUCUCGCUUUGAAACAGCAGUACUUGAACAAGAUCGUCUUCAUGAAUUAGGGUGCAACGCUUUCAAGUCAUGGGUUAGAUCUUAUGCAAGUUAUCCAAAAAGUAGUCGAGAAGUUUUUAACUUCAAAGAUUGCCAUCUUGGUCACUACGCUAAGAGCUUUGCCAUACGAGAUGCGCCAAGAAUAAUUGGAGGAAUUGGUAAACCAAAAAAAGAUCCUAGAAUGAAAAAUCAAAGAAAAAUUCCUAAGGCCGACAGUGGCGCCCUGUUUAAGAAACGAAAAUCUGAUAAGGCUAUAUCGGCUUCAGAGUUCGACAGUGGAAUGAAGGCGAAAAAAAGGAAGAUGAAUUGAAAACGGACACUCCAUGUGCAUUAAUUUGUGUUUAUGUAAUCGACAACUGUUGUGACACAUAAUAAAGACAGAUUUUUCCAAAAUGA